UCGGCGGUGUCUGUGUCCGGGUCGGUCGCUGUUCCCCAGGCAGCCGUUAUCGCCCGGUUCCCCGCUCUCGCCUCGGGUGCGACACCCACUCCCGGUGGCCGGUGCGGUGGGGAGCGAGGGAGCGGUAGGGCUCGGUGGGGGCGGGGAGGAAGGAGCGGGACGGGACGGGACGGAGCUUCUCUUGUCGCUUCAGCGCCGGUCUCGGGAGGCGGCGGCUGGGGGCCGGGGAGCCUCGGCUGCGGGCCCCGGCAGCGGGGCGGCCCCCUCGCCGAGAUAGGACGAUGCCGGUGAAGAAGAAGAGGAAGUCCUCGGGUUCAGCGGCCGCCGCGGCAGACGACACCGCUCUCAAGAAAUGUAAACUGGGCAGCUAUUGCAGAUCACAAGCCUCUGGUAAAGUAAUAAGUGGAGAGGAACAUUUUUCAAGCAAAAAGUGCCUGGCUUGGUUUUAUGAAUAUGCAGGUCCUGAUGAAGUUGUGGGGCCCGAAGGAAUGGAAAAGUUCUGCGAAGACAUCGGUGUUGAGCCUGAAAAUAUUAUUAUGUUAGUUUUAGCCUGGAAACUAGAGGCUGAAAGCAUGGGAUUUUUUACCAAGGAAGAAUGGUUGAAAGGAAUGACGUCAUUACAGUGUGACUGUACAGAAAAAUUACAGAGUAAAUUUGACUUCUUGCGGUCACAAUUGAAUGACAUUUCAUCCUUCAAGAAUAUCUACAGAUAUGCCUUUGAUUUUGCAAGGGAUAAAGACCAGAGAAGUCUUGAUAUUGAUACUGCAAAAUCCAUGUUAGCUCUUUUGCUCGGAAGAACUUGGCCACUGUUUUCAGUAUUUUAUCAAUACCUGGAGCAAUCGAAGUAUAGAGUUAUGAACAAGGAUCAGUGGUACAAUGUGCUAGAGUUCAGCAGAACUGUCCACGCAGAUCUUAGCAACUAUGAUGAAGACGGUGCAUGGCCCGUACUUCUGGAUGAAUUUGUUGAAUGGCAAAAAGUUCGUCAAGCAUCAUAGCAAGAAUUCAAAAGAAAAUGCAAAAUUGUUUUUGGUGCCCACCUGUACACAAACUAAUGAGGAAAAACAAAGGAUUGCAUUUUCAUUAUUAAGAAAGACUUUACAGUAAUUUUUUUUUCCUUUUUUAAGGAAAUUUUCUUGUUACACGUGAUACGGGCAUUGAACCACACCUCUUCUGAGACUGAAAGCUGGAGUUCUUGUUUUGAGUCUUAUGUUUAUAGCAUUUAUUUCAGAACAAUAAAGAUUCAGUUUUGUGACAAAGGCCUAAAAGUGAAGAAUGUCCCUUGAAUGUGAGUGUGGUGUCUAUUUUUAAAACCAAAUCUUUAUGAUUAUCUUUCUCAGAAGUGCCCUUUGCUAUGAAUUUUUCAAGACCUUAAAAAUACUUAACUGGCACUGUUGCUUGCUGAUGGUAUGAUUGUCUUGUGUGACAAACAUUAGAAAGAAUGACUGAUUUUUGGAGCCCUGGGUGGGAGUGUGCUAAUUUGUAUAUUAAGUAUUGGUCAUGGGUUUUGCCACAGUUUUCAGCUCCUGGUGGAGAUAAAGGCCUUAAACUCUUACUUUUUUUUUUUUUGUUCAGUACCCACCCAGUGGCAUGGCAUUUAAUGGCAGGCCCUUUUAAAGCAGAAAGGUGUUGAGCAUAUGGCUCUACAUGCAGAAUGGCUGAAAACUAGUUGCCUGUACUUCAGAUGGUGAACACAGAUAUUCUUUGGUACAGUAAGGCAGCUUCAAAUUUUUACUACAAUUUAGACUUUGGUUUGCUUUGUAUAAAAAGUGCAAUUUAUAUGUUAAAAGGGAAAUCUGGAAAGACUUGGUUUCAAGCUUUGCUUAUUACAUGUUUUAGACUGGAAUAAUUUACAACUUUUUUUAUCUCCCUGGAUGCUUUUCAUGCUGUAAGUCAAGAAGAGACUAUUAAAUCGCCUACCUUUGACCUGUAUAUAACAGGCUAUUAAUUUUUACCCUGUUACUCCAUGUAUUGAGUUCAAUAACUACUGUGAUUGCUGUUUCAGGCGUUCAGUAUUUGUGGCAACCUUUACCUUGCUGCCCAGGAGGCCCAAUGCCAUCCUUGAGAAGGAAAGGGAUUUUAAAGAGUAACUGUGAGAAACCAAAACAGAAUGAGAGAAUGAAACAUUUGUAACUUCUCCUUUAUUAUAUAAAUAUGUGGACUGUGAUAAUGCCAUGAGAUUCAGUUAGUGAUCAAGGCCUCAUUGUGCCAAAUACUUCAACGGCUUGAAAUAAGAAUAGACAAUGUAAGCUAGGCAUGACUUGAAGAUCUUUGCCUCAGGGAAAUUACUUCUGUUUUGCACAUCCCUUAUUCAGAUUAACAAGCAUGAGUUUUCCUAUCCAUAAGGAAAGCUGCAUUCCCAAGAUGAAUUUUUUUUUUUUUUAUUAACAAGGAGGGGGAAAAAAAAACCUGAAAGAUGUGAGGAGAAAUAAUGAGAAGUGGGACAAACUAGUGGUGUGUGCCUGUGCUAUUGUUCUACUAGAGAGCACUACUCUUGCAACUCACUCUCCAAACCUUGCUGUGGGCUGCAGGAAGCAAUGCAGUGGUGGUCCACAGGCUGUUCUGCAAGUCACUUGAUAGCGCAGUUGAACCUUAGAAGCUUGGUUAUGCCCAAGCAAAAAUAAGCAUGGGGGGAGGGGAAACAAACAACAGUUGAGAUAAUUGGGAGAUCUGCUUGUACAAUGGCUAAGGUCUAUGUGCAUGCAAACACAUGCACUACAGCUGUUCCAAAUAUUUUUCCACCUUUUUUAAGGGAAAUACUUAGUUUUAGACCUCCUGUAGGCUACAGCAGUUCUCUUCAAUACGUUACAAGUUGUCUGUUUGCAUUGCUGAUAAUUCUGAUUUCACUCAUAAGAGUGCCUUUCAUUUGAAAUUUGCCCUACCCUACAGAAAGUUAGUGCCAGAAUGAGAUUAACUUCAAGAUUCUCAAGAUCUACUACUAGAGUAAGGUCCUAAGAUGCACAGAUAAACAUGCAUCAAUUAAUUUAUUUCAAGGGAAGUACUGCUAUAUUCUAAAUCUCCGCAGGGGCACUGAUUCUGAAAUUACUUUUUCAAAUUCACUAAAAUGACUCUCCUUGCUUAGUAUGUUUGAUCCCCAUUAUAACUGGGAAAUUCUCUUUCCAGAAGUUUUGAAAUACCACUUAGAAGAUGAAUAUUUUUUAGUGCGAUUUAAAAAAAAAAAAUCAUCUUUUUUAGGUAACUGCGAACUUGUGAAUUCAGUUUGAACCAGUUGGUCCUAGAGGAUGGUAUUAGAGUCUAACAGUAGGAGUGAUGCAUCUACCAAUCUAAGGUGGUCAAGUACUUACCGUUAAGGUGUAAGACACUAUGUGAUGUAUCAUUUGUAUCUCUGUUAAGGUUUUAUCAGUAUUCCUAUAAUAAAUCCACAUUUCAGGGAUUUAUAACUUGGUUGUGUGUGAUUUGAAAAUCAUCAGUUACUGUAAAACUUUGACUGGGAAUGAAUGUAUUUAAACUGCUUAAAAUCGAUAUAGUUUUUCAAAUUUGAAUAAAAUAGGAUUUUAAGUUAUGUUUUUGUGCUCAAAACUGCAAUCAGAUUUAUUGUUUAAAUGUGAACUAAUGGCUUGUAUAGUUUCAUUGUGAGCUGAUCACUUUUAUUAGUUGUCUCUUAUUAAAUCACGUUACAGCUUACUGUGGAUAAGUGCCAAAAGUUGUUUAUUUAUUAUAUUUUUUUUUUUAAUUUUGUGCAUGUCCACAAACCAAAACUGAGUUCAGCUAAAAGUUUUCCUUAUUCUUUGAACUUCAAUUUUGCUUUGCUCAGGUGCAUUUCAGUCAAGUGACACGUAGUUUUUCAGUAUUCCAAGAUCAAAGUUCACAGGUGAAAUAUGCUGUCACAGUUAUGAUAAAUAAUAAAAUUGAAGGUGAAAUGUCUUCCAAAACUAAAUCAGUGGUGUCUAUCUGGAUGUUACAAACUCCACUUUAAUCUCACUUUCAUUUCUUGAUAUUAACUCUUGCUAACAUAACUAUUUUUUUUCUAGUUUUCUUAGACAACUAACACUUAGCUUUUAAAUCCAAAAACAUCCACCUGUUCAUGGAAUAAGCCAUACUGGUAGAUUGGAAUGUAAUACUUCUAUGUAAAAAUGUGAUCUUGAAUUAAACAGUCAUGUAUGUUUACCUGUGUGUUUAACUGUAUAUGUAGUUCGAUCCAGCUUAUCCUGGCUGUUUAAACGUCUAAUUCUUUACUACUGGCUGUAAUUUCACGUUUCUACUGGCUGUAAUGUCGCAUUUCUCCACAGCGGGAUUUGAGUUGUGCGGCUGAGGGGACUGGCCGCCCGCUCGGUGCGCGCCGCCGGCGGCCCGGCAGGGGGCGCUGUGGUCUGCGUUGCCACCUUCCCGCCUUCCACCUCAAAAGCUCUGGGCCGGUACGGUGAUACUGACUGCACAGAAAUUGCAGAAGGGACCAGAAGUUCGAUGUUUCUGAUGUUUUGUUCUUUUUUUUUUUUUUUUUUUUUUUUUUUUUUUUUUUAAGCUAGUGAACAGUUCUUUCAAUGUGAUAUGUACAAACUUGUACAGGUUUAGCUUUGUUAAGUAUGACCAAUAAAAUGGUAUGUAAUAGGGCAGAAAA